UAGAUACCUUACCAAACUAACCUAAGCAGGCUCAAAUACAUCUCUAGCUUUCUGCUUCUUUCCAAAAUUGAAAAGAAAAAUCAAGAGAAAAUUACAAAGAAACAGAAAAUGGGUUGUUGGUCUGCUGAAAAUGCCACCAAAGCUUUUCUCAAAACCAUGAACAUGGGAAAGAGAGCUACAGAGCCAAACGGAGCAGAGUUCAUCUCCGCCCUCGCAGCAGGAAAUAAUGUACAACUUAUGGUAGUUGCUUGUGCACAUGUUGCAGAUUCCACCACCCUUGCACUUGUGGCAGCAGCUCAACAAACAGGAGGACGCGUAAUUUGUAUCCUUAAGGGCGUAGAAGAAUUAUGUCUCUCUAAAAUGGCACUAGGUACAAAUUCUAGUCACCUUGAGUUUGUUGUCGCGAAUGCUCAGAGUCUAAACAUGCUGCUGCCAAAUUACUACAAUGAUGCUGAUUUCGUAGCUGUGGAUUGUAAUAUCCAAAAUCAUGAAGAGAUUCUUGGAUCGUUGCGAAAACACAGAAGGGAUAAAAAUACUAUAGUUUUGGGAUAUAAUGCAUUUUGCAAGGAGUCAUGGAGGAGCAGUCCUUUGCGUACGCAAUUGCUGCCUAUAGGAGAAGGGCUGCUGCUGACCAGAAUUGGUGCAAAGGCGAAAAAGGUUACGGAUCAGGGGAUGGAAAAUAGAGGACAUUGGAUUGUUAAGGUAGAUAAAUGCACAGGGGAAGAACAUGUAUACAGAGUAAAAUCUCCUCGUACGAGAGUGGUGGAAGCCUAAUUCUUGACAGAUUAAUAGACUGGAAUUGUAAAUAGUUAUUUGAUGUACAACACUUUAGUUGAAACUACCAAAGAUUCAAAUAUGCAGGGGGGGAGAAAUUUUGAUAAAUAUAAAAAGACAAAUUCUUUUAGCUCAAAAUUCCACAUCUUACAGAAAUAACUCACCAAUCUAUGAUUGUACUUCCUUUAUAUAUUUGCUUCACCACAGCCAAAUAUAUAACUCUUCCGAAUUGUAUUUUCCAAAAA